AAAAGAAGUGGGUCUUAGUAUCAGAGCACAAAUUAGAGUAUGAGAAAUACCUCACAAGUGAUUAUGUGUAUGGUGACCAGCUGGAAGCUUCACCAAGUUUAACAACAACAACGCCUGUCCUCAUGCAAUGAAGCUUGACUUUUUGGAAACUGAUGAUGAGAAAAUGGUGGCAACAGUGUCUGUUGUUCUUCCCGGAGGUAAAUCUCCCACUUGGGCAGGAAGCAUUGCUGUUACAGGAAAUGAAUGCAGCAGAAAUUACUUUGACCCUCUGAUGGAUGAGGAAAUAAACCCAAGGCAGUGUGGGAUAGAGGUCAGCAAAGAAGAAAUGAAGGUUGAAGAGAUAGAAGGUGAAGAUACUUUGGAUUCUACGUGCCCUGUCAGCAGCAUUAAGACCUCUGAUCUUUGUGAUGAAGUUGAAGAUGAAGACAUUCUCCCUUACAUCGAGCAGUUUGAGAAAGAGGUUCACAAUGAAGUUAUUUUCCUGGGCAAACUUCCAUGCAAACAGGAUUUAAAAUAUGAAGAUAUUUUCCAAGAUGGAAAGUUCAGUAGAAAACUUUCUAAAGUAUUUCAAAGCAAGCCAGAAAGUCAGGUGUUGGAAACUGUCUCAAAUGCCUGGAAAAUGAGGGCUGCAGCCAAACUUCAUAACCUUCCAGGAGUGAGUCAUAAUUCAAAUGGAACAGCUGUUCCUUGCUGGAAGGUUAAUCGCACCAAAAAAUCUCAAUUUACUGAUAUUCAUCUAAAAUGUUUACGGGGUAUCAAGGACAAAGUGCCACAAGGUAGUUACAGUCUCAAGGUUUCCAUCUGUAAACAACUCGAUGGAAAAUUUCUUUCUUCCUCCAAAGUGGAUGGACAACAAUUGGCUGGAAAGUCACUGCCUGUGAGACAUAAUGGGAACUUCUAUGACGUGGAGCUCUCUUUCGAACAAAGCAUAUACACAGCAGUUCCAGUUAGAAAGAAUGGGAAGCCUGGAGAGAUACUUCUCUUUGAGCUGUUUCUUCUCCAAGGAACUUCUGACAGAGUUGUUGGCUGGGGAGUUUUUCCUUUAUGUAAUAAUAAUUUGGAUAUCGUAGAUGGGAAGUUCAAGUGUCCUCUUCUCAGAGGUCAUUACGAUUCAAGAAUUGAUAGAUUUCAAAAAAUUGAAAAGUUGAUUUCUUCUGAUUUGGAUCACUGGCUAUGCAAUCUUUAUUUUCAGAUAAUUAAACUUCCAUGGUAUUCAAAUGAACAGUAUAAAUAUGAAGUGGGCCUUCAGCCGUCUUCAAAAAUUCUUCAAUAUUCAAGUACUGCUGAGAAGGAUGGGAUUUCAAAGGAAAUCAUUGGGCAACCUCUGACCCCUCGGAGAGAUUCUGACACUCGUAAGGGAAGUAUUCCCAGUGUUGAAAAGGAAGUGAGAAAGCGGUUUAACACGAUGAAGAAGGACAAUCCAAAUGAUGUGGUUGGGCAAAGCAGUUCUAAGAUCAGACUUGAUGCUGACGAUGGAGCAUUACGGUCUUAUCAGGAGGAAUUGGAGAAACAUAGAUUCUCUGUAUGCUGUCACCCUGCUGUUGACGCAAAAGUGUCCACAAGAUUCACCAAGCGUUUCUACUUUGGAGUGUAUGCUGCCUUUUUUGAACUUGGAAGAGGACAGUGGUAUUCCUGGGAUUUCUGGUCCAGUGUGCUGCUGAUCUCUUUCCUUUGGUUUAUCCGUCUAUAUCUGCAUUAUUUUAGUCAAUGGAUCUUACUUCAUGUUUUUGGAGUUCCUGUCACAAAAUUCCAAUUCUACCUUUAUACUGUGGAUUUGUGCUACCAGAAUUCUUUGGUACAUGCCAGUGAAGAGAUGGCUAUGGUUGUGGUGGGACCUUUGACCUUGAACACACUGAUGCUUCUUUUGAUUCUGAUGAGAUGGGGCUGUCAACUGUUGUUUGACUCCUUCCCUUUUUACUUGUCAAAGCUGAUCAUGGCUUGGGGAUUCUGGACAGUGCUAGACCCUUUGGCAGUGUUUAUGGUGGAUGCAUUCCUGGGGCGACUACAUUACACUGCUGAUAAUCCCACUGCUGACUGUGCCAAGCUGUAUUGGCUUUUUCUAAGAAUGGAACAGACUGGAAUUCCUGGAGCAUUGAUCACCGUGUUGCUUUAUGCAGUCCUAUUUUUAUUUUCAUCUGCAACUCUGCAUCUAUAUUGGCUCAGGUUAUACAAUGAAAGCUGGUUAUUAGAUUUGCUCCAGAGGAUUCGAGGCGAUGAGACCUCUUUCUUUGUCCCAUGUGACCUGGAAAUCUCUCUCCAAGAGUUAAGCUACCUUGUGAAAAAAGCAGAACAAUGGAGGGGAAUCGGUGGUGAAAGACGAAAGGUGGUUGUCUAUGAAUACUUCUGGGAAGACCAUGCCAAGCAGCCCCAAAUCUCCUGCAGCGGCACCCAUCCGCAAGAUGAAAAUUUGAAAUUUGCAGGAAAUUCCAGAGGCGUCACCAUUCAUGUAAUGAUAUAUACAGUUCAUCUUGGGGGUUUCCAAGAACUGUACAGGCACUUCCUUAGACUGCCCGGUGGGGCUAUUGUUGAGACAUUUGGAGAUGUCAGUGGAAUCAACUUUGCAUGUAAUGAAGUCACUGCAGUCUUUGAGGAGCACAGAAGUGGAAUGGACCCUCUGCUGGAAGCUGCUUCUUCAGGGAAAUAAGAAAGAAGAUAGGAAGGUAUUAGUUCAGUGGCUGGAAAUGACUAAAACUGUCAAGCAGAGUGAGCCUUAUAAUUAAAAGAGUUCAGCAAAAAAAAAAACCAACAACAUUAUUCUUCAUUUCUUCACCCUGAUUGUUGAGUAAUGUUUGGGGAAAGAAGAAUUGUUUGCAGAACAAUUUGUUUUCUACCUAUAAAACAGAAAUGGUUGCUUCCGUCUUAUGCACACUUAUCUGGGAAUAAGUUGA